UAUUAACAUUACAAUUUACAUGCUUUUUAAACGACUGCGAACAUUUCACGCAGCCUCCGCAAAAGCAUAGACAGAGCGAAGGAGACAGACCCAACGUAGCAGAACACAGAGACAGAGGGUCUCACCACUCUCAUCCCCAACGCAUCCUAAGGUCAACCAAACCAACCACAAUUUCUAGGGUUUUAUUUUCCAAUUUUCGCAAUUCUUCCUUCGAUCACUCUUUUUCUUCUUUCUUCCCUGCUCUUCCUUGUAACGUCACCACUACGAGUAGGGCUGUUUCGUCAUUCAUCUGCAUUCGUUGCUUAGCAUAUAACGUUCAAUUGCCUCUCUCAUUCAUCUCGUUGGGGGAAACACUGCUUUUGUUUAUUCCAGUUACUGAGUUUCGUACAGCGAACGGGCUGCUGAGACAGGGAUUGUCUUGGCUGCCAGAUUCUUUCGUUUUAUGUUUUAUGACUCUGUUGGCUUUUCAUUAUGAGUGGCGCACCUAAGAGAUCCCAUGAAGAGUCUGUUCAUCCAUCUCCGAAGCACCCGCAUGAAGAUUUGACAUAUUCGAAGUUGGUUUCAUCAUCAGUUUCAAAUGAGUACCACAGGCCUUAUGAUAUAAAUCAGGACUCACGAGUGGCAAAAGCACCCCGAACUGAAUUUCGUGAUGCAGAUAAACGAUCUCCUCUUCAUCCUGUGUAUCGGAUGUCAUCAUCUUUAAAUGACUCUCAUGCAGAUCAUCCUACUGGUCCUGAGAGCAGGACAGAAUCAAGGGAUGCCAAGGAUAUUAGAGACAUCCGGUUUGAGAAUCGUGAUGCAAAGACUGAAAAGAAGGAAUUGUAUGGUGAAGCAAGAAGGGAUCCUCCAAGUGCUAAGAGUGAAAAGGAUGUACGUGUAGAAGGUAAAGGAGAUGACUGCAAGGAUAUUAGGCAUGAUCGAGAUAGUCAUAGUGAUCUAAAAGGUGACAUCAAGACAGAUAAAGAUGGUUAUAAUGUGGUUAGCAUCCAUGUGAAUUGGAAAGAUUUAAAAGAGUACCAUCGAGGAAAAAGAUAUUCUGAUGCUCCUAGUGGGAGUUUGGACACAUGGCAAAUGUUACGUGGAAAUACACAAGGUUCAGUUGAGGUUGGGAAGGAGAGUUCAACAACUGAAGAAAGGGAUUAUGUGGAAGCUCAUGAAGCUGUUGCAGAGAACAAAGCUGAUCCUAAAGGUGAUGACAGAACUAAAGAGAAAGAUAGAAAGAGGAAGGAUGCGAAGCAUCGGGACUGGGGAGAUAGGGAAAAAGAAAGAAGUGAUCGUAAAAAUAGUACACAAGUUAGCAGUAGUAUUGUUGACUGCAAAGAACCUGCCAAGGAAGAUAGAGAUGUAGAAAGGUUAGAGAGGGAUAAAAAAGAUCUUCCAAAAGAGAAAGAAAAUUUAAAAGAGAGGGAAAAAGAUCAAAUGAAGAGGGAAUUGUGGAAUGGAAUGGAGAAAGAGGUUUCAAAUAACGAGAAGGAACCUGCUGAUGGAUUGGCAAAACUUCCUGAACAUGGAAGUCUGUUACCAGAGCAGCAGAAACAAAAGGAUGUUGAUAGCUGGAAAAAUGUAGAUAGAGAAGCUAGAGAGAAGAGGAAAGAAAGGGAGGCUGAUUUAGAAGGAGACAAGUCUGAUAAGCGAAGUAGGUGCCUUGACAAGGAAUCAAAUGAUGUGUGUGCUGAUGGAGAAGGGGUGUUGGAGAAGGAGAGAGAGGCCUAUAAUUACAGCAGUCAGCACCGUAAGAGGAUACAACGAUCUAGAGGGAGCCCUCAGGUGCCUAACCGGGAGCCUUGUUUCAGAUCCCGUGCCCAAGACAAUGAUGGGUCUCAAGGUAAAAUAGAAGUUUCUUCUGUUGUUUACAAAGUUGGUGAAAGCAUGCAAGAGCUGAUAAAAUUGUGGAAGGAAUAUGAAUCAUCUCAAUCUCAAAUAGAAAAAAAUGGUGAAAGCUCUAAUAAUGGCCCCACUCUGGAAAUUCGGAUACCAUCUGAACAUGUCACGGCUACAAACCGCCAAGUCAGAGGUGGCCAGCUUUGGGGGACUGAUGUGUACACGUAUGAUUCAGAUCUUGUUGCUGUUCUCAUGCAUACAGGUUACUGUCGCCCAACAGCAUCUCCACCUCCUAUGGCCAUACAAGAGUUGCGUGUGACUGUUCGUGUGCUACCUCCUCAAGAUUGCUAUAUUUCUACUCUGAGAAAUAAUGUACGUUCCCGAGCUUGGGGUGCAGCGAUUGGCUGUAGUUAUAGAGUUGAGCGGUGUUGCAUCCUGAAGAAAGGAGGUGGAACUAUUGAUCUUGAACCUUGCCUUACACAUACAUCAACUAUUGAACCCACCCUUGCUCCAGUGACUGUUGAGAGGACGAUGACUACCAGGGCUGCAGCUUCGAAUGCAUUGCGGCAACAAAGAUUUGUUCGAGAAGUCACAAUACAGUACAAUCUCUGCAAUGAACCCUGGAUCAAAUAUAGUAUAAGUAUUGUUGCUGACAAGGGUUUAAAAAGGCCACUGUACACAUCUGCUCGUCUGAAGAAGGGAGAAGUUUUGUAUUUGGAGACACAUUUGUCCAGAUACGAACUUUGCUUUGCUGGAGAGAAGAUGGUCAAGGCUACACCAGCAACUCAGUUGCAUGACCCUGCCUCAGAAAAGUCUCAAAAUCACCAUGCACAUUCUGCAAAUGGUGAAAAGAAUGAUUGUGAGAGUGUCUUGAUUGACUCUUUCCGUUGGUCUCGUUGUAAGAAACCCCUGCCACAGAAAGUGAUGCGUACAAUUGGCAUCCCUCUGCCUCUUGAAUAUGUUGAGGUACUGGAGGAAAAUUUGGACUGGGAAGAUGUACAAUGGUCGCAGACUGGGGUCUGGAUUGCUGGAAAGGAAUAUACCCUGGCACGGGUGCAUUUCUUGUCAAUGAAUUAAUUUGCCAUAGUUUGGGGAGGUGGGGGAUGGGUGAGUUUGUAAACCUCCUUUUUAUGUUUUUUUGGCCCGAUAGUGGGAUGAUAUAUAAUGCCUAUUUAGAAAGAUAUUGUGUCGUGUAACUCAAGAUGUCGUGUUACUCAAUAAACAAAUAUUUACAUUGUAAUUUUUCUCAGUUCA